UAUCACAACUUUUCCUUUUUCCAUCUUUUCCUCAUCAUCUUUGAAAAAUAGCACUAGACUACUUUGUCACUAGAAUGAGUAUAUGAAUUAUGAAUAUAAAUAGGAAAAACAGUUAAACGCAGAUAUGAGCAUCAGUCUCCAACUCUACCAGAAGUAAUUUAGAGGGAAACAAUAGAAAGAAAGAAACAUGCAGGGUUCUACCAUGCAAACCAGUUUGAGUUUUGAGUUGGAGAACAGGAAGAAAGAGUUGUUCAAAAUGGCGAUGAGAGGCAAAUGGAAAGAAGUCGUAAGUAUAUAUGCUGCAGAUAGUAAGAUUCACGAGGUGAAGAUCACGAGGUCUGGUGACACAGCAUUGCACGUAGCAGCCUCUGAUGGCCAAGAAGAUGUUGUGGAACAACUCGUAGAGAUCAUUUCCAGAGGAGGACUUGUACAUGCAGAAGAAGUACUUCUAACUAAGAAUGAGAGAGGGAAUACUCCUCUUCAUAUUGCAGCGUCAAUGGAGAGCGUGAAGAUGUGCAGUUGCAUAGCUAUGGUUAAACCUUCCUUGAUAGGUGCUUUCAACAAUGAUAGAGAGACUCCCUUCUUCUUGACCGCUCUUCGCGGUAAGAAGGAAGCUUUCCUUUGCCUUCACAAAAUCUGUGAACCUGGGCAAGGCUCUUCUUAUUGUAGGAGAAUGGAUGGCGAGACUAUUCUGCACUGUGCAAUAGCCGGUGACUACUUUGAUCUGGCAUUUCAGAUAAUUCACCUGUAUAAGGAACUUGUUAAUUCUGUGAACGAACACGGAUUUACCCCACUUCAUGUUUUAGCUAGUAAACCUUCUGCUUUCAAAAGUGGUAGCAACCUUAGACUAUGGAACAGUAUCAUUUACCAUUGUAUAUUUGUGGAUGACCUCAAAGUAGAAGAGCCAUCAUAUGCCCGGGAAUCACUGAUAAAAAGCUUCAAGGAAGAAAAGAAUCCUAACCAUCCAGAAAACUAUCAAAGUUGCAUAAAUUUCUUUCGGUUGCUGGGGAAUGCUCUUCGAAUUGUGGUUUACAGCAGGGAUCCAAAAAAACAGAACAAAAGCGAUGCAGAAAACCCUGAAGGAUCGAACGUUGCUCUCAAUGGAAAAAAGAACGGGAAAGAACCGACCCCAGCAAGUGAAGGGCAACACAUAUGUCCGUCAAAUUACAGCACCUGCAUUGAGUUUGUAAAGCUUAUAUACAAGUCAAUCUUGAUCGUUCUUGGACUCGGAUCUAAUGCCAUAAUGAAGAUAAGGGAAAAGAAAGAAAAGCAUAAAUGGUCGGUUCAGGUCAUGACUAAACUCCUGGAAAGCACUUCUAUGUAUGAAUAUGAACACACGGGAGAGACACCUCAAGAAACCCAAAAGGACGACGGAGAAGAAACGAAACCCUAUGAAAUUUCAGAUGGUGAUGUCCAGCCAUUGACUCCUCCUAACUCUGCUGAUUCCUCAAGAUCAACCAACACACAGAGCACCGAUAACCAAAAGAAUAGUACUAAUAGAAAAGGAGGGGAACCGGAGAGGGAAACCUCAGAAAUAGGAAACAAGGAAACGGCCAUACUAAUCGCGGCGAAAAACGGAGUGACUGAAAUGGUGGAGAAAAUCCUUGAACUUUUCCCGAUUGCCAUCCACGACAUGAACGCAGAAAAGAAGAACAUAGUACUAUUGGCAGUGGAAAACAGGCAGCCUCAUGUUUAUAAGCUCUUGAUGAAGAGAAACAUCCUGAGAGACAGUGUGUUUCGGAAAUUGGAUAAAGAUGGGAACAGUGCUUUGCAUCUUGCAGCAACUCUUGGAGAUUAUAAGCCGUGGCUGAUUCCUGGCGCCGCAUUACAAAUGCAGUGGGAAAUCAAAUGGUAUGAGUUUGUGAAAAACUCCAUGCCACCGCACUACUUCGUCCGCUACAACAAUGAGAAGAAGACUCCAAAAGAGAUAUUCACCGAAACCCAUAAGAAACUUGUCAAAGCCGGCGGCGAGUGGCUCACAAACACCUCGGAAUCUUGCUCCGUGGUGGCUGCGCUGAUCGCCACCGUUGCUUUCGCAACCUCUACGGCAGUUCCAGGGGGUACCAACAAGAACAACGGUAAACCAACCCUGGAACACAAACCGGCUUUCGAAGUUUUCGCAAUCGCAUCGCUGGUCGCGCUGUGCUUCUCGGUGACGUCCGUGGUGAUGUUCCUGGCCAUCCUCACUUCCCGAUACCAAGAAAUGGAUUUCGAGAGUGACCUGCCCAGGAAGCUUUUGGUGGGCUUGACAUCGCUCUUUGUCUCCAUCGCCUCCAUGCUUGUUUGUUUCUGUGCUGGCCAUUUUUUUGUGCUCCAAGAUGAGCUUAAAUACGCGGCUUUUCCCGUCUAUGCAGUCGCGUGUCUGCUUGUGUCUUUCUUCGCCGUUGCGCAAUUUCCGUUGUACUUUGAUCUUUUAUGGGCUACUUAUAAGAAGGUUCCACAGCGCAGCUACAAAGUAGCCCCUCUAUAGGAGUUUUAUUGUUAAUUUCCCACUCAACUUUGCUCUUGUUCAGACCAGUUUUAAAAAAUCCCUUUCACUAUUCGCAACAACAAAGUUCAUUGAUUUUAGCUGAGGAUGGUAGGACUUUAUGGUCGUGGCAAUUUGAUUACUAAAUUCUAAAGAAUUACAGUUAUAUAUGAAUCUCCUAGCUAUCAAAGAAAAAACAAAAUUCUGGUUUUUGGACUUUUAUAGACUUUUACUCAGUGCUUAAUUUUCAUUUAAGUAGAACUAAAUUUUA